CUUCUUCAUCAUCAUCAUCUCCCAGCAAAGAUGUCAAUCAAACAAGAACAAAGUGGUGUUGAUGCUCAAGAACCUUUUGGUAGCGUUUUACCAUUCGCAGAACCAAGUUGGGCAGGUAGCUUAGGUCAUACCAACCCAUACUACAAUGAUUCUCAUAGAAAAUUAAGAGCAUUUACACGAAAAUACGUUGAUACUUGGAUCGAUAAAGCACCCGAAUGGGAAGAAAAAGGUGAAGUUCCACAAGAGCAAUGGCAGGAACAUUCUCGUUUAGGAUUCUCGGCUUGUUUCAUUCAACCUCUCGAUCCGGAAUACCUUCAAAAAGCAGGUAUCACUUUGCCAGCCGGAAUUUCACCCGAUGAAUGGGAUCCUUUCCAUAGCAUGAUCGUUGCCGAUGAAUUGAUGCGUGUUGGUUAUUUGGGUACAAUUUGGGGAUUAGGAGGUGGAAAUAGUAUCGGUGGACCGCCAAUCGUUCGUUUCGGUUCAAAGAAACUGAAAGAUGAAAUCUUGCCAGAUCUCUUACGCGGAAAGAAACGUGUCUGUUUGGGUGUCACUGAACCUCAAGCAGGAUCAGAUGUUGCUCAACUCAAGACCACCGCAAAGCUCUCACAAGACGGCUCGCAUUUCAUCGUAAACGGUCAAAAGAAAUGGAUCACAAAUGGAAUCUAUGCCGAUUACGUUACUGCUGUCGUAAGAACUGGUGAAGAUGAUUCAGGUGCUGGAGGAAUAAGUGUUUUGGUCAUCCCACUCACUCUGCCAGGUGUUGAACGUAAGAAGCUGUACAAUAGUGGUGUGAAUGCUUCCGGGUCAACUUUAAUCCUCUUUGAUGAUGUCAAAGUACCAUCUCACUACCUUCUCGGUAAACAAGAUCAAGGUUUCCGAAUCGUGAUGAGCAAUUUCAACGGAGAAAGACUUGCACUUGCCAUCCAAGCAACAAGAAUGAGCAGAAUCUGCAUUCAAGAUUCCUAUGCAUAUGCAUGCAAAAGACAAGUGUUCGGUAAAGCAUUAAUUGCUCAACCUGUCAUUCGUGCAAAGAUUGCCGAUAUGGGAAGAGCUGUUGAACGCUUACAAGCAUGGACGGAAGAAUUAGCCCAUCAAGCAAGAAGUGCUAACAAAAAGACUGGAGAUAUGGAAUUGGCCGGAAGAGUGGCUUUGUUGAAAGUUGAAAGUGGUAGAUGUUUGGAAUUGUGCAAUCGUGAAGCACAACAGAUUUUAGGCGGUCUUUCGUACCAAAAGGGUGGAAAUCAUGCCGGUGCAAGGAUUGAACAAAUCAGUCGCGAUCUUCGUGUCAUGGUCGUUGGCGGUGGUAGUGAUGAAAUCUUAACUGAUUUGGGAACCCGAAUGGAAAAGAUGAAAUCUGAUAGCCGUUUGUAGUAGAUCUGUUCAUAUACUUCACCUCUUAGACUCGAAUGCAAAUUGCGUAAACCCUUUUUUAGUGAUAAACUCUAUACAUUUCAAUAUGAUCUUUUGAC